AUGACCUACUUUUAUUGGGAGUUUCCAACGGACUUAUCAAUCGAUCGUCGCGUAUUGGUAUUAUAUGAUAUUAGUCAAUGGAAAACUGUCGAGAAGUCUUAUGAAAGUCUCGAAAAAUUAUGUAUCACAUUGGGAAUAGAGAACAUCUCGUUCAGUGAUUUUGAAUGGUGGUUCGAUCAUUUUACAAAAGAAAACUAUUAUAGGAUUAGAGAUGGAAGAUCACUUCCGGAAUUAAAUAUCCUACGAUGUGUUCAAUCUGACGUCAUCAACGGAAAAUCCCAGGAGAAAUCGUAUAAUGAUUUGUAUGAAGCGUUCGGUGAUGUUGAUGAGAAAUCUCAUAGUUAUUGGUACAAAGAGUUCGAAAGGCAGAAAUAUCAAGCCACAUUCUCCAAAUUGCCGAUCGAUGUCGUUGUGAAAAUUGUAGAGAAAUGUGAUUUAAGAUCAUAUGUAAAACUCCGAAAAGUUUCACAAGGACUUCGAAUUGUUGUCGAUCGAAUUAAACCUCCAAUCACGGAAAUUGAAGUCAAGUGUAUGGCCAAUGAUGUCUUUGUCUGUUUUAACAAAGAAUCAUUGAUGUCGGCUGAUUCCCCUCCUUGGAAUAGUCUUUUAGCUCUUUCAAUAAUUCAUAACAAGAAAUAUGUACGUAUCGAUUCCGCUGAUCUGGUUAAUGCACUGAGUCAUCGGAAAGUUCGAUUGAACUUUUUUCGAUUCCAAACGAAUUUUCAUUAUUCUCAAGUCAGUUCCUUCUGGACACGUGAAAAUCCAUGGGAUAUUUACUGGACGCGCGAUGAAAAUCAAACAUAUUUUUUGGAUGUUUUUCAUGGAUUAAAUAUUCAAAUUCAAGUGAAACAUUGCUCAAUUGGAGUGCUCAAAGAGGAAUAUAUUCUUGAAAUAUUGAGAAUUUUGAGACCUGGAUCACUUGAGAAAUUAACGAUUGAGCCCGAUCUUGGACUUCCAUUGAUUGAUCAAAGAGAAGAUAUUUUGUAUCGACAAUCGAUUAUUGAGAAAAUGGUUAAGAUGGAUCAAUGGAAGCAAGCAAAACAUGUGGAAAUCAGAAGGAUUCUCCCGUUGCCGAUCGAAAAUUUCUUCCAUCUAACCACAUUCGAAACACAUCUUCCAUCGAUUUCAGUGGAAAUUCUUACCAAAAUGAUUGAUACGCUCUCCGAGUCGUCAAAUUUCGAAUAUUGUGUUAUUACAACGAAGGAAAGAAUGGACUCCGGCUCAAUCAAGAGAGAAUUUGAUCUUGAGGAUGCUGAUGAUUGGGGAAUGCACCAUAUUCCUAACACUAAUCUUUCUGUUGAGAUUUUCGAUCAUCUACAUGGAUUCAAAUUAAUUAAAAAUGUGUAA